GCUCUGACCCCUCAUCAACACCCUGGCCAGCCUUGAUUAACGGCCUUGCGCAAACGCUAAACCACACUGAGUGGGCCGGCGAUAACCUCCCGGUGAUAAGACUUUUUAGUCGGUCGAAUAACCUGAUAACGCCCCAAAUUUCCUCUUGUCUUCGGCCCCCCCAGCCUAUUUCUUUUCGCUCGAUUGCCUUCUGUUUUUUGAUCUUUCAUGUGUUGACUGGAUGGCUUUCCAUUGCAUCUCCCCGGUUCGGCAGCGAUAUCACCCCAAUUGCCCAUCAUAGGCAUUGCGUCAUUCAGAAUCAUCAAUCGCACUCGAGUAACGGCCCAAGACCACACCGCGCGCCCUGCGGGGACUCUGUUACCAGGGCUAAUCUCGUCCCUAUCAUUUGAUCUGUGUCAAAUAAUCACGUCAAGACCGUUAGACUACUAGUAGCCCCCGAUGGGCGUCUUCCGGACACGGAACAGCAGCGGGUCUGGGAAGUUCGGGCUUCCCCCUCGUCCAUCUGUCGACCGCUUGUCUCCGGAUCCCGCAGAGGCUCCGAUCGAACAGGCGCAUAAUGGCAGCCUUCCUCAUACGUUUGGGGUCGAUCCGCUCGUCUCCGGUGGUAGCUAUAGGACACCGAGUCGGUCGUUCUAUCAUCGAUCCUUCAACAAUGCAAAUGAUCCAGCGCAUUACUCGUCCCGCGGUCUUCGAGAACAGACAGCCGAGCUAGCCUCCCUUGCCCUCUCGCUGAACGAAAACUCCCAUCUCGCAGAGCGCAAUACCCUGCCGCCGUCGUUGGACGUGUUCCGCCGGGGUCAACAGCGGAGUCAAGAGUUGGAUCUCGCCGUGUCACCGAAGGAUACAUCCAUUGGUUCCGGGGGGCUGAUGCAGCCGUUGGACGCAGAACCGUCGACGCUCCACACCCCUGGCUCUUCGGUGCUCACGGAAAUGAUCCGCAAGCCUUCGCACGAGUCGCCUGCUGUCAGGUCCAGUCACCGGAAGCGGACGUCGGAUCUGAGCAGGACGAGUGAAAGCGAGGAAUCUGAGAGGGAGGAUGCGUCUGUACCUGACUUUGAAGAAUCUCAGAUCUCUAGCACUGAACGAUCUUCUCUUUUGCAUUCCACUCCUUCAAAAGCCGUCCGUAGCUAUGGGAGUGCGCACGACGUUGAAAGCCAAGGGUCUACAACAAAGCGAAAACGGACUCCACUGAAUACGGCGCGUUUCAAAGCCAAAAAGUGUUUCCGGGUGUUGACGAACCCCAAAGCCUGGGACAAACGAACGAUCUGGGAGCAGGGCGUAGUCCACCCUGCCAGUCUACUGCCGUCCGUGUUCCUCGGCCUGCUACUCAACAUCCUCGACGCGCUGUCCUACGGCAUGAUACUCUUUCCCCUGGGCGAGCCGAUUUUCGCGGAUCUCGGAUCAGACGGUAUUUCGAUGUUCUACGUCAGCACGAUCAUUGCGCAGCUGGUUUUCUCCUGUGGGGGUUCUAUCUUCCGCGGUGGGAUCGGGAGCGAGAUGAUUGAGGUUGUGCCGUUUUUCCACCAGAUGGCUUUUACGAUAUUGCAUAGUGUCGGCGAGGAGAAUCCGAAGUCGGUUAUUGCGACUAGUAUCUUGGCAUUUGCUGUCAGUUCAAUUAUGACUGGUCUGGUGUUUUUCCUCAUGGGGGCUUGUGGGCUGGGGUCUCUUAUUGGAUUCUUCCCGCGGCAUAUCCUGAUCGGGUGCAUUGGUGGUGUAGGGUUCUUCCUCAUGGCGACGGGUAUCGAGGUAUCCGCUCGUCUGCCAGGGACUCUGGAGUUUACCAUGCCCACGCUGCAGAGGCUGUUUCAAUUGGACACGCUGCCUCUUUGGGUGAUACCCUUGUUUCUCGCUGUCGGGAUACUGGUCUUGAAACGAUUCGUGCGCUCUAACUUUUUGGUUGGAGGGUACUUUGUCGGCGUGGGUGUUGUAUUCUACAUAGUCAAGCUUAUCGCGGGGAUACCCAUGGAAGCAUUACGCAACAGUGGAUGGGUGUUUAAUGCGCCAUCAUUCUCGAAGCCGUGGUAUAACUUCUACACUCUUUAUGACUUUGCCGCCGUGGACUGGCCUGCAUUCGUCGAGACCAUCCCGGCAAUGCUGGCGCUCACCUUUUUCGGCAUCCUCCACGUCCCGAUCAAUGUGCCGGCUCUGGGAAUCUCCACGGGCGAGGAUAAUCUGAAUGUUGACCGCGAGCUCAUUGCCCACGGCGUUACCAAUGCGUUGUCUGGGUUUUCUGGUAGUAUCCAGAACUAUCUCGUCUAUACAAACAGUCUACUUUUCAUCGAUAGUGGGGGAAACUCCCGUCUAGCUGGCGUCAUGCUUGCAGGCGCCACGAUGGGCAUCCUCGUAAUCGGGCCGGUGAUUGUGGGCUUUAUCCCGGUCAUGGUCGUGGGAGCUCUCAUCUUUAUGCUUGGCAUUGAACUGAUGCAAGAGGCGUUGGUUGAUACAUGGGGGAAACUGCAUCGGCUUGAAUAUAUGACGGUCGUUAUCAUCGUCUUGACGAUGGGCGUAUGGGACUUCGUGGUAGGCAUCUUCGUCGGCAUCAUUCUAGCCUGCAUGAGCUUCGUCCUGCAAACCUCCCGCAAAUCCGCCAUCCGAGCGACCUACUCAGGACGAGUGGCCGGCUCAACAGUCCGACGACCCCCCAUCCAGCAGCGCUUCCUCCGAGAAGCCGGGCAGCAAACCCUCAUAAUCAAACUCGGCGGCUACCUAUUCUUCGGCACGAUAGUCGACGUCGAAAACCAACUACGGGGCCUCAUCGAAGAAGAAUCAUUCAACAAGCGGCCCAUCCGCUUCCUCGUCCUCGACUUCUCCCGCGUCGUCGGCCUCGACUUCUCCGCCGCAGAGGCCUUCACGCGCAUCAGCCGCAUCCUCAGCCAACGCAAAGUCCAAAUGUCCAUCUCGGGCCUCGACGUCGAAGGCGAAGUCGGACGAAGCCUCCAAAACGUAGGCCUCUUCGAGCCCGUCAACGGCGUCGAACUCUUCGAAGACCUCAACUCCGCCCUCGAAUUCUCCGAAAACGACUACCUCAAGAUCUUCUACCGCUACCGCGAGUCACUCUUCCGAAAACGCAGCGCCCCCUCUUCCACCCUCGCAAUCCCCACCACAUCCCACCCACAAAGCCUGUCCCUCGCCGAAGGCACAGCCGCAGGAGGGGGGGGGAUAGUCAGCUCCCCACGCCACCGCUACCUUCAACAGGCGGCAACGACAACACUCCACGAAGACGAAUCCGCGACCUUCGCCCCGGCGGCAUGGUCCGCCAUGCGCCAACCCCUCCCGCUCCUCCUCCAAACCUUCCAAGGCCUAACCCUCCGCAACGAAGACUUCUGGUUCCCAGUCUGCGCAUUCUUCACCCGCGAAACCUACGCCGCAGGCAGCAUCCUCUUCGAAGAAGGCGACGUCCCGCGGUCCUUCUACCUCCUCGAGUCGGGGAUGCUGCGCGCAGAGUACGAGAUGCCGCAGGGGCGGUACUUCGAGCUGAUCGUUGCGGGGGGGCCGUGCGGCGAGCUGCCGUUCUUCAGCGAGACGCGCCGGACGGCGACCGUUCGGGCGGAGCAGGACUGUGUGGCGUGGUGCUUGAGUGUUGAGAAGUGGGGGCAGUUGCGGGAGAGGGAGCCGGAGCUUGCGAGGGAGCUGUUGACUGUUAGUUUGAAGUUGACGAGGGAGAGGAUGGAUAGUAUUACUUCUCAUGUUCUUACGAUGGCGGCUUGAUUUUACCCAUGUGGGUUCGGACUUUAUGUAUAUCAGAGGGUGGAUAGUAUGUAUGACUUGCUUGUUGGCAGUGCAUUGUUGAGCGUGUAUGAUUUGAGAUGCUUGAUGUGAGAAUGAUUGUGUGACAUUCCGAUAGCAUUUACUACGUUUUAAUCAUGGUAGUAUUGGUGGAUAUAAUAUAUCAAUAAAGUUG